UCGAACGAGUUGAUCAGCCUUCUUGGCUUUCUCAUCUAACAGUAGCGGCGGCAGUGGAGGAAGGUGGUGUUGGUAGCAAAGCACUGAGCUCGAGGGACGCGAUGCUGGGAGGGACGGUCAUGGAAUCGUCAGUAUGGGUGCAAGCUUUGGUCCUUCUCUUCACCUUGGCCGCCUUCUUGGGCCUCCGCUCCUUCCCCAAGCACGCCCUCUCCCGCCUCCGCCGCCCCUCCCAGUCCUCCCUCCAAGCCCGCCGCCACUUUGUCAACGGCGCCCAGCUCCUCGCCCGCGCCCGCGCUCGUCCCUCCGGCGACAGCAGCGGCGGCGGCGGCCGCUCCACCACCGCCCUCGCCCGCUCCGCCUGUGACGAAGCAGAUCGUGCCAUCGCCCUCGACCCCCGAGACGCCGCACCCCACAUCCUCAAGGCCCUUGCCCUCGACCUCCUCGGCCGUCGCCUCCCCGCCCUCCGCUCCCUCGACGCCGCCCUCUCCCCCCCGGCCUCCAAAUCCCUCGCCCCCCGCGAGCGCGGCGACGCCCUCUUCAAGCGCGCCGAGCUCCACCUCGCUGUUAACCGACGCCGCCGCCUCGACCAGGCCCUCUCCGACCUCCUCCAGGCAGUGCGGCUCAGUCCCGAGAACGCCAAGGCCUUCUGCCUCCUAGGCGAAUGCUACGAGGAGAAGGGGUUGCUGGAUGAGGCGACAAAAGCUUACGAGACCGCGAUUGACAUUGAUGCAUCCCUGGUCGCUGCUGACGAGGGCCUCCGUAGGUUGUCCGCGACAAAGGUGGGAUCUUGAUCGACUUCUGUCGCUCAGGUACCCGAAUGCCCACCCUCUACUCUCUGGUAUAAAGAAGCAGAUGUUAUAACAAGCUUACAUAGAGGACCGGGUUUGUGCGCUUAGAAAGAUUAUAUUGCAAUUCGGAUGCUAGUAUUUUGCUCGGCAUCCUCUUAAUUGGUUGAAGAAUUAUAGUGGUAGCUGCAAAUGAAGGCUCACUAUGUGCUCAUUGUAGAUGAUCUGUAUCAUCACUUGGUGUAGGAGUAAGACUUUUGAUUGGAACUGUUAACGGAGUUCAUCAUUGCUUCUAGUAAAUUGUAAUCUACCUCGGAAGAUAAGGGUGGGAUAUUCCACGGUGAAACUCUACUCCGCUGCGCAGGUUGUUGUGUGCCAGUCAAAGUUGUAUCCUUCUCUGUUUUGUGAUCCAAUGUUCUUGUUGCAAGACAUGCAAAUGUAGCUACUUUGUGAUCAUGAGUAUUUGUUCAUGUACUCUGUUCAUUUGACAUUGAUGAUCUCAAAUGCUAUUCUGAGGAUGUUUCUUUGGUUAA